AUGAUCACUUAGAAUGCUAUUAAAUCUGUAUAUAAUAAAAUAGAACCAUAUAAGAGAAAUUACAACUUUGAAAUUUUUGGAUUAGAUUUUAUGAUUGAUGACAAAUUCUAGCCAUAUUUAAUAGAAAUAAAUACAAAUCCUUGUUUAGAGUUAAGUUCUCCUUUAUUAGGUAGAAUAAUUCCAGCAAUGGUUGAAAAUGCAUUAAGGUAUUAUAUAAAUAUAAAAUAAUUUUAGAUUAUCUAUAGAUACAUUAAUACCUCCUCCUGAAUAAUCUACAUGGCCACCAAAUAAAAAACAUUUAUUAUUUUAUGAUAAUAUGUUAGAGAAUAAUAGAUUCUAAUUGAUUUUUGAUGAAAGAGAAGAUGCAUAAGAAUUAAAAAUUUUAUAUAGCAAUUAAUUAAAUGAUGAUUAAAUAGAUGAAAUGAAUGAAGAAGAAGAAGAAUAUCAAUCAGAUGAUGAUUGA